CCAUUUCAUGAUCUGCGACCAGCAGAAUGGUAAAGUGAAGGAAAUGUUUUCAAUGGAACGGAUGUGAAGGCGGAGUCUGUCUUUUCUUUCGGGACUUUAGGCAGAGAGUCACUGGUUAGAAUAUAACGUUACCUCCAUAAUCUACAAUUCAACAGACUAGGGAUAAACAUCUCAUCUGGUUCACUUGGUCUGAACUCUGCAAACGACCGACCGUAAACGAGUGUCUACAAUGACUCAGGAAACACUCUCCCUCCAACCCCCCUCCCCCCUACCCCUCCCGGAGUCCCCGGGUCGUACCUCUCCUGGUAACACCUUACUGCUGGGUCUGAAGAGGUUGUCUGUGCUGCUGGUCGACUACAGGAAAACGCCGGAGCUAAGGGACAGUCCUAACCGUCACUCUCUCGGUAGAAGGGGCUUGUCAUCUGGGCAGGCAAAACAUCAUGAUGCUGUCGAGGCAGAGAAAAGUGUCUCAAGAUCAGAACACCUCAAGAAACAACAGCUGAGACCCACGAGGAAGAAACCUCACUGCUGCUCUGACUGUGGAAAGAGUUACACCUCUAAAGUAAACCUUAGAGGACACCAGAGAAUUCAUACUGGAGAGAAACCUCACUGCUGCGCCCAGUGUGGAGCUAGCCUCUCCUCUGCCAGUGCACUGGAAGGACACAUGCGGAUUCACACUGGAGAAAAACCGUACCAGUGCUCAGAAUGUGGGCAGAGAUUUACAUACUCCAGUGGUUUACGGGUACAUGAGAGAAUAAAACACACCGGCGAAAAACCACACUGUUGCUCUGACUGCGGGAAGAGAUUUGCUACAUCUCAAAGCUUAAAAGCUCACUGGCGGAUUCACACUGGAGAGAGACCGUUCCACUGCUCUGAGUGUGGGAAGAGUUUCACAGAAGCCUCGGCACUGUCUGAACACAAACGAAUACACACAGGAGAAAAGCCUCACCACUGUGAGCAGUGCGGAGGAAGCUUUUCCUCCGCUAAGUUACUCAGAAUACAUCAUAGGAUUCACACAGGGGAGAAACCUUACCAUUGUGCUGACUGUGGGAAAAGCUUCAGACUGAUUUGUACUUUAAGAUGUCACCAGCUAAGACAUACUGGAGAGAAGCCCCACCAAUGUACUGAGUGCGGGAAAAGGUUUGCUGUUAAGACUGGACUCUUGCGACAUAACAUAGUGCACACUGGAGAGAAAGGAUACCAAUGCCCACAGUGUGGCAAGAAGCUAGGAUCAUCUCAUUCUCUAGAGCAGCAUAAGCGAACGCACACUGGACAGAAACCCUUCCACUGUUCCCACUGUAAGUUAAGCUUUGCCACUAAUUCAGCCCUGUACAAACACCAGAGAAUUCACACAGGCGAGAAGCCACACAGCUGCAAUGUUUGCCAGAGGAGUUUUGGACGGUCGGAUCACCUGAAAAUUCACAUGCAAAUUCACACAGGAGAAAAGCCCUACCACUGCUCUAAGUGCGAGCUGAGUUUCACUAACAACAGAUCUCUGAAAGAACACGAGGUCAGACACACAGAAGAUAAACCUCACUGCUGCUCCCAGUGCGGUGCUAGUCUCUCCUCUGCCAGGGCACUGGAAGAACACAUGCGGAUUCACACUGGAGAGAAACCAUACGAGUGCUCUGAAUGUGGGCAGAAGUUUGCACAUAGAACCAGUCUUGGGACACACCGAAGAAUACACACAGGAGCAAAACCCUAUCAGUGCUCUGACUGCAAGAAGAGCUUUUCAAGACGUGAUUCUUUAAAUAGUCACAAGUUCACACAUUCAGAGAAGAAGAUGUACCAUUGCUCUCAGUGUGAGUCGAGCUGCACAACGCCAGGUGCAUUGAAGAAACACCAGCUUAUUCACACUGGAGAGAAGCCUUACCACUGCUCCCACUGUGACAAGAGCUUCCUUUGGCAACAGUCUCAAAGGACACGAGCGUAGUCACAAGGGAGAGAAACCGUUCUCUUGCUCAGACUGCGGGAACAACUUUUCCACAAUGGCAACCUUGCGAAUUCACCAGCGAAGACACACAGGAGAGAGGCCAUACCAAUGCCCUUUCCCUGACUGUGGGAAGAGUUUUUCCCAGGCCUUUGCUUUUAAAGUCCACAAGAGAAGGCACACAGGAAAGAAGCCGCACCACUGUGAUCAGUGUGGGAAGAGUUUUGUCACGUCGGGUGACUUUCAAUCUCACCAGCAAACUCACUCCAAAUAGAAGCCUUACUGCUGCACAGCCUGUGGACUUAGUUUUUCUAGAUCUGAUUCCUUAAAGAUUCACCAGAGAGUCCACACAGGAGGGAGGCCGUACAGCUGCUAAGAGUGUGACAAGAGUUACACCUUGAAGGGUCACCUUACUAGACACCAGCUGACACACAGAGAAACCUCACCACUGCUCUGACUGUGGGAAGAGUUUUAUUCUCUCAGGCAACCUAUAAAAAAAACACACACGAGAGAAGCCUUACCACUGUUUUUAUUGUAAGAAGAGUUUUACCACUAAGGGUCAACUGACUGGACACCAGCAAAGACACAAAGGAGAGAAACCUCACUACUGCUUCAAGUGUUCAGUGGACUUGAGAUUCCACGUUCAGCGCAAAUACAGCGGGACACCCUACCACUACCUAUGAUGAAAAUUACAGGCCUCUCAUCUUUUUAAGUGGGAGAACUUGCACAACUGGUGGCUGACUAAAUACUAUUUUUGCCCCACUGUAUGUUCUUUUUAAAUAUCUGUGUGAACUGAGAGGAGCCUAAAAUCCAAUAGAUAAGAUGUGGUUAGAUGUAACCCAGAUGAGGAGAACCUGGGGGAGUAGAACAACCCCCCCCCCAGUGCAGAUGACCACAGGAUAAACCCAAAGUGGCUUAUGGUGACCCAAUCUGCAGGGGAGGGGUGGAAAAAGCAUUGCCUGUAAAGUUUUGGCUGCUCUGCCCAACAGUCAAGAGUGUUGGGCCUGAACUAGUCUUUCAUUAUUGCAAUAAUUAAUCAAUAUUAAAUUAAGAUGAUUGUUUGAAGAAAUGACUUCAAUCUCUCUCGGUAUGAAUGUCCAUUUACAUUUUUUGGGGUGACGAGGAUCUGAAACUUCACACCUGUUGACCGCUCCUGAAGAUCUGGGUAAACUGUGCCCAGGGAAUCAGAAAGUGGGAUCUCAGGGAAAACCAUACUCAUUAUUGAGCAGUUGCCUAAGAUCUGAGAGGUAGCGUGCGCGGGUGGAUGCCAGAUCUCCGACAUGGUCCAAGCCUACCUCAGUUACUAUCUGUCCGAUAAGUGAUGAAAUUAUAAAAAAAAGAAAUGCCCCUGUUGAGGUUACGCUCAGAGCGAGGUCUUCCUUCAGAGGGCCACAGCUGACGUAAACUAGCAGGACUCCAUUGAUAAGUGUUCUUAAAUGUGGUAUCCUUGGGCAUGAUUGUUAAUUAGCCUAAGUCCAGAUCCGUGGUACUGAGUUGAUCACAGUAGGACUGGUGAGGUUCAUGUGGAGUGAAGGACUAGUGUGUGUGGGUGAUCUUGCGAGAGAGAGAGAGAGAGAACUCGGCUUGGUGAAGUUCAAAUUAUAAUGUGUAAUGUUUUGAUCAAAUGUUUGAUAAAUGAGGUAACAGGUUACUAUUGUUUAGGUGUUAUUCCCUGUGUUUGUGAUAUGUGAGAGUUGUGCGAGUUUGGAAAUACGCGGUCAUCUGAAGUUUGUGAUAAAGUAUAGAAAUGUGUAUAAUACUAUAUACAGUGACUCAAAAACUCAAAAAAAUAAAAAUGUGUUUGAGUUUCUAUUUCGUCGAGCUGAGUCGUAGGGAUAAAGGGAAGUCAUUGGAAACACACUGAAUGUGAGUAACUAAGAAUUCCUACAUUUAUGUAUUGAUUCUGUGACAAUAUAGAUACAAUUUUUUUUUAAAUUAUAAUUGAUUACUAGAGAUUUGUUAAUGGAAAUACUAAUAAUAUGCAACCCUGAACACUCAUACGUCAGGGGUGAACAAAUUAUUCUGAGAGGUUCAGAACGGUCCCUUUUUAAGGAUAAUUUGAUAGAGGUAAGGUUAAAAUAUGCAACCCUGAACACGUCAGGGGUGAACAAAUUAUUCUGAGAGGUUCAGAACGGUCCCUUUUUAAGGAUAAUUUGAUAGAGGUUAAAAGCUUUAGAUGACUGUCUAAACGCUUAUGUGAUGUUCUACAUCCAGGUAAUACAUAUAGAGAACGGCCCAUAAAGGCCUGAAAAAUGUAUUUUUUUGCAGUAAGAGAUGAGUUGCUGUAUUUAUUGAAUAAAUCCGAGCGAAUUAAAGUUGGAAUUUCCACUAGACUUAUAUAAGGUAGUAGUAGUACAAAGCCUGA